CUAGGGCGGGGUAAGCUCCCUCAAGGAAGUCAAGUUCGGGGGGUGAUACAGUCUGGAUGUCCUCCCCAAUGAUUGAUUGGCAGGUCCGAUUGCGACCGAGCGUCCCUUUGCUGUGGUGGGGCCGUUGUCAGUGCGAGCAAUGUCAUGUUCGGUCUCAUGCUUGUGGUCGAGCGAUCAAGAGGCGAGAAAGAUGUGGUGCCGGCAGUCCAUUUCGCCUUCUAUGCCGUCUGACCCGGCUUCAACUUUGGCUAAAAAGCUACGCGGCUUCCAUCUCGUGAGGUUCGUGAUCCAUACUCAGGCGCACAGAUUAUACGUUUCUGCUUACGAUUGCAUUGUCGAUUUCCACCACGUCAAGGUACUGUACAGCAGCAGUAGCAAAAGCGAAAUGCGCAUCCCUUCAAGUUCCAAAAAAUUUGCCCAACAUGCUGGUCCUCAUUUCAAUCCUCAGAAUCUGUGUUUUGCCAAAUAUGACGAUGCGCCUCCUGCUUGCUUGCUGUGACGUCGCGAGCGGGAGACUCUGCAGAAACUC